AGAGAACCACCCAGCCCAGAAGUUCCAGGGAAGGAACUCUCCCGUCCACCAUGGAGUACCUCUCAGCUCUGAACCCCAGUGACUUACUCAGGUCAGUAUCUAAUAUAAGCUCGGAGUUUGGACGGAGGGUCUGGACCUCAGCUCCACCACCCCAGCGACCUUUCCGUGUCUGUGAUCACAAGCGGACCAUCCGGAAAGGCCUGACAGCUGCCACCCGCCAGGAGCUGCUAGCCAAAGCAUUGGAGACCCUACUGCUGAAUGGAGUGCUAACCCUGGUGCUAGAGGAGGAUGGAACUGCAGUGGACAGUGAGGACUUCUUCCAGCUGCUGGAGGAUGACACGUGCCUGAUGGUGUUGGAGUCUGGCCAGAGCUGGAGCCCUACAAGGAGUGGAGUGCUGUCAUAUGGCCUGGGACGGGAGAGGCCCAAGCACAGCAAGGACAUCGCCCGCAUCACCUUUGACGUGUACAAGCAAAACCCUCGAGACCUCUUUGGCAGCCUGAAUGUCAAAGCCACAUUCUACGGGCUCUACUCUAUGAGUUGUGACUUUCAAGGACUUGGCCCAAAGAAAGUACUCAGGGAGCUCCUUCGUUGGACCUCCACACUGCUGCAAGGCCUGGGCCAUAUGUUGCUGGGAAUUUCCUCCACCCUUCGUCAUGCAGUGGAGGGGGCUGAACAGUGGCAGCAGAAGGGCCGCCUCCAUUCCUACUAAGGGGCUCUGAGCUUCUGCCCCCAGAAUCAUUCCAACCGACCCACUGCAAAGACUAUGACAGCAUCAAAUUUCAGGGCCUGCAGACAGUACAGGCUAGAUAACUCACCCAAUUUCCCCACUGUCCUCUGAUCCCCUCGUGACAGAACCUUUCAGCAUAACGCCUCACAUCCCAAGUCUAUACCUUUACCUGAAGAAUGCUGUUCUUUCCUAGCCACCUUUCUAGCCUCCCACUUGCCCUGAAAGGCCAAGAUCAAGAUGUCCCCCAGGCAUCUUGAUCCCAGCCUGACUGCUGCUACAUCUAAUCCCCUACCAAUACCUCCUGUCCCUAAACUCCCCAGCAUACUGAUGACAGCCCUCUCUGACUUUACCUUGAGAUCUGUCUUCAUACCCUUCCCCUCAAACUAACAAAAACAUUUCCAAUAAAAAUAUCAAAUAUUUACCACUAAGA